UGUAGAUAAGAUAAGAAAUUGGUCAUAUUCUCAUGUAUGUAUUUAGACUGUAUUUAAGAACGUUUGAACAUCUUUUGUGAAAAGAUGUAUAAAUAUACCAUAUUAUUUUUCACUGGAACACUUGUUAUCAAUGGAAUAUGCGGCGGGGGUGUGGAUGAGAUAAUCAACGUUAGCCGAGAAGAGUUUGACAAUCUCAGAGCAACUGUCAAUCGUCUGGAAAGCUUUGCAGAAAAUCAAAUCUCAUUAAAUAAACGGCUUGAAUCGGACCUAGAUAAACAACGUGAAGUUAUUCACAAUCUUCAAGACGUUAUAUCACAACAAGGAGACAAGAUUCGGCGACUUGAAGAGCUGUCGCGACACGAAGAGGAAGUGAAGAGCAGAAGACAUUCCAUAGUGAAUAGGUCUGUGAAGUCUUCCUCAAAGAUAAGAAGAUAUGCCGAUAACACAGUGGGCUUUUUCGCAACACUCACUCAGUUGUCUUUGGCGCAUCUUGGUGCUCAUCAAAACAUCGUAUUUGAUGACAUUGUCACUAAUGUCGGCAAUGCUUACAACAAUCACCAAGGUGUGUUCAUCGCCCCUGUUAGUGGCCUCUAUCUUAUAACGACUAGUAUACUGUCCGGGCCAAACAAAGAAAUCUGGGCAGAUAUCGUGGUUAAUGGCACCGAAAUUGUCAGACUCAAUGGUCGAGGUACAGAUGGCAGGCAUGGCAAUGGGGCACAAACAGUAGUUAUAGCACUCAAAAAAGGAGACGAUGUAUCCGUACAAAAUGUGCGUACUGAUGAUGAUUAUUGGGGCGAUAAAUAUUCAAGUUUCGGUGGAUUUCUGAUACAAGAAUUUGAGAUGGAUUCAUCUUCUAUUGUUGGUUGAAUGCCAAUAUCGGAAAUAACACACUAAUUUAUACAACUCUCCGUUGUUGCUUGUUCAUUUAUGCAUUUUAUAUUUUCAGACAUGUCAUUAACCGAACGGACAUGUAUUUCAAACCUCAAUUUACAAGUCAAGUUUGAUUGAAUGUCACAGAAACAAGCUUUAAAACGAAGUAAUUAUUUUCUGGCAUGAUUAUUUUAAAACUCUGAAGUCAAUUAUUUCAGUUCCUUAUCUAGAAAGGUGAUAACUUGUUUUCGUUAUCUUUUUAAGUAAGUAAGCCUUAAUUUCUUUGAACUUCCGAUCUUUUUUAUGUAUUUUUGAUCCUUUAAAAAGAUGAACUUGUUCUCUAUAUCCGUAUAUCUAUCACUACCAAAGAGCAAAACUUGUACAUUAAGGGGUUGAAAAGUAGGGGAUUCGCAAAAUACUAGUAAGUAACUAUCUUAGCUUGAAAAAAGUAACAGAUAAACAAAAAAUGUUCUGUGUCACCGUUUGAUGGCACCACAGUCGCAUAUAGGAUG